AUGUUCGAGUGUGGAUAUUGUGAACUUGAGUUCAAAAGCCAGGAGGAUGCAGAGUAUCACAUGGACCAAAACGAACAUUGGUGGGAUUGCGAUUGGUGCGAGAAGACAUUCCGAACUGAGACGGCCGCUAACGCCCAUAAGGUGGCCAAGAACCACUUGGACUCUGAGUUUGAGUGCCUGAGAUGCGAACGCGAGUUCAAUUCCCAAAAUGCUCUUGAUCAGCAUAUGAACGCGUUGGGCCACUGGCCUCCUGCCUCCAAGCACAAAUGUGAGACGUGCGACGAGGUGUUUGUUGAGAAAAGAACCGCGCGCGAACACAUGGACUACUGGGAGCAUUGGAAGGGUCCGAGAUUUGAAUGCCAGACUUGCGAUCGAACUUUUAGCUCAGAGCAAGGUGCCGAUCAGCACAUGGAUGAUUUAGAUCACUGGACGCCAACGGUCAAGUGCGAAACGUGCGAUCACAUGUUCUUUACUGAGGAGUCUGCGGAACAGCAUAUGCGGGCUAAGGGGCACCACAAAUCGCUCCCUCACAAGAACCAACCUGUGGGUCAAGUCGAGCAGCCUCAAGCUAAUAAUGGCACGAAGAGCGAAGCCCAACCAGAAGGUCUCAAACAGACCGAAAUCAUGAUAAGGGCGAAGAAAAAUAUUCAAAGCUCUACUAUGAUGUCCGAACAAGCUAGUGAGAUGUUACAAAAGGCUACAGCAAUGAUGGAAAAGGCCACAGCCAUCAUGGAAGAGAUCAAAAAUCAGACUGCUCGGAGUGCUGAUUAUAAAGAGAAGAAGAACACUCUCUACCCCCCAGACGAUGACAAGGAUAGUCGUCAAGGAACUGUUUGCGAGAAUACUAGUCAGCCAGACCAGGAGUCCAUGAUGUUUCCAUUGAAUGGUGAGAUGGGGAUCCCUUGUCCCUUCUGCGACAAAGAAUUGAGACACGAGAGCGCCUUAACCUACCACAUUGACAUUGGCGCAUGUCCCAUGGCUGCUGAUUGCGUUCGCGAGGCGGUACGCCGCAUUAUCCACGGACUUGUUCCAGAUGAUGUCCUCCCAGCACAUGAAGUCAAAUCUUUGGAUAUUGAUAUGAGCAAGGAAAGUUACAUCAUCCGUGCCCAGAAGUCUGCCCCAAGGAACCUUGAAAUUGGGCAAUGA